AUGGAAGUGGCACGAUACCUCUUUGCACGCCUACACGACUUAGGUGUACGAAGUCUGUUCGGAACUCCGGGGGAUUACAACCUAGUCGCUCUGGAUUUCCUGGAGGAUGCUGGACUGCGAUGGGUUGGUAAUUCGAACGAAUUGAAUGCUGGCUAUGCGGCAGAUGGCUACGGAAGAAUCAAAGGCAUCGCGGCUCUCAUCACGGUGUUCGGGGUCGGCGAACUAAGUGCAAUCAAUGCCAUCGCUGGUGCUUACGCUGAGCGAAGCCCAGUGGUACACAUUGUAGGCACUCCAUCGACAUCGUUCCAAAGUUCUGGCCUCUGUUUGCAUCACUCUCUCGGCAAUGGCGACUUCAGAGUGUUCGCAAACAUGUAUACACAAAUAACAGUCGCUCACACGAAUCUGUCAGACAUAACCACAGUGGCCUCGGAGAUUGAUCGCGUCCUCAAGGCGUGCGUGCACGAGUCGCGACCAGUGUACAUUGAACUUCCGACCGACAUGGUUUCACAGACGAUUCCGACUUCUGAAGCCAUGAGCAAUGGCACGCUGAUCCAGAGCAACGGUACACUCCACGCACACUGGUUUGAGGACUCUGUGGUCGAUAUCAUACGAGAGAAGAUCACCUCCGCGCAGAGACCUUUCAUCAUUGUGGACGGAUUGGUCCGAGCAUACGAUAUAGAAGGCGAGGUUAAUGCGAUCGUGAGAUCGAGCAACAUUCCCACUUCGACCACUCCCGCCGGAAAGAGCAUGAUCAGCGAACAGGCGCCCAAUGUGUGUCGACUCUACAAGGGCACAGCUGGAGACCCCGAGUACAGCGCAUACAUCAAGACUCGCGACUUGCUCAUCUACUUCGCGCCGCUGUGGAGCGAUUGCAAUACAUUUGGCUUCAGUACAAUUCACAAGGACUCAACAACCAUUGUCUUUCACCAAGAUGCAGUCACGAUCAGGGGCAAAGAAUUCCGGAUCCAGGUCAAAUCUCUACUUCAGAAGCUUCUUGAGAGCAUGAGCGACUGGAAAUGUCAGGUGCAGGUUUCUGCCCAGUGUCUCAUGCCAGACGUACCGACCCCAGACGUGGUACAGGGACCGGAAAGCCAAGAGCCAAUCAAACAAAGCGCCUUCUGGCGACUCUGUUCUCAAGUACUUACCUCCGGCGAUGUGGUCUUGACUGAAUGCGGCACAUCCUCGAUUGGCGCCUAUGAUCUCGUGCUGCCCGAAGACGUCCGCAUGGUCACCUCGGCGCUUUGGCUGUCCAUCGGUUUCAUGCUUGGUGCUGCUCAGGGAAGCGCACUGGCAAUACGAGAUCUAGUCGAUGAAGGCAUAGGAGCAGCAGGUCGAACGAUUUUGUUCACGGGUGACGGAAGCCUUCAGAUGAGUGUUCAAGCUAUCAGCGACAUCAUUCGCAACCGACUCGAUAUGAUCAUAAUCAUUAUCAACAACGACGGCUAUACCAUUGAGCGGCACAUUCAUGGCAUGUACGCGCAGUACAACGAUGUGCAGCCAUGGAGAUAUCUGGAGGCCCCCAACUUCUUUGGGGCGAACCUCGACGACCCGACCUACCCGAUCACAUUGCGUAAGGGAACCACCUGGGGCGAUAUCAUACAAGCUUUCGAGGAUCCUGCGGUCAGAAGUGGGAAGGGGCUGAUUAUGAUCGAGGUCGUCAUGGCGAAAGAGGACGCGCCCGAGACGCUCAAGAAUCUAUUCAAAUAG